UCAAAAUGGCGUCCGCCAACGAUUGCCCGGAACCGGGUAAACUCUAUAAGGAGGUCAUCACUCUUGAUGGUGUGCGGACGGUUUUAUCGAAAAUCUUACCACAGAGGAAAAUUCAUAAGCACGUGAUUGUGGUAAUUCCUGGAAAUCCUGGAUUGAUAGAAUUCUAUGAUGAUUUUGUUACGUCAUUGUUUGACGCGCUUCAAGGGCAGUUGCCGGUGUUUGGAAUUUCUCAUACCGGUCAUUCUCCCAUAGAUUGCUAUCCAGUGUGUCCAGGGAAAAACUGCUCUGCUGAACAAAGCUAUGCUGCUGAGUCAUACAGAUUUCCAUUGAGCCUCGAGGAACAAAUCCUACAGAAAGAUUUAUUCUUGGAGAAGCAUAUUGCACCACAUUCUAAAAUAAUACUGAUUGGACACUCAAUGGGAGCUUAUGUUAUACUAAAUCUACUAAAAGAUUGUGAAAGAUUAUCAGAUAUCUCCAAAGCUAUUCUGUUGUUCCCAACAGUGGAACGAAUGGCAAUAUCUCCAAAUGGCAGAUUUGUGACACCCUCAGUGAUGUAUUUGAGGUGGAUAGGAAUAUUGGCAGCUGCUGCAUUCUCAUUUUUACCUCAAGUUGUGAAGAAAUGGUGUGUUCAAUGGUGGUUUAGUGACAGAAAGGGACUAAUGCCUAGUGUUGUUGAUACUGUGAUCAAAUUCCUUACCUAUCAACCAAUGGAUUGUUCCUCUAGAAUGGCACAGGAAGAAAUGACAGAUGUAGUUCACCGUGAUGAUGAGGUAAUUGAAACAAAUUUGGAGAAACUGAUCUUCUACUAUGGAACAACUGAUAAGUGGGUCCCAGUCUCCUACUAUGAGGACAUGAAAGCGAGGUUUCCCAGAGGGGAAAUAUAUUUAUGUAAAAGGAAGUUUGAUCAUGCAUUUGUACUUGAAUCAUCAAAGGAAGUCGCUGAAAUGGUUGCUUCUUGGAUACAAAAGGUGGCUGCUUGAACAUUGAACCAAUAUGCUGUCUAACUCCAUAACCCCUAUGAUUAGAUUAGAAAUUCUCCUUUCCGUUUGUCAUAAAUUUUCUUGUAAAUUGGAGAGAAGAAUCAGACAUUGAAGCUUUUAUGUUCUCAUCAUGUGUUUGCAGGAUAGUGUAUUGUAAUUGAGGGGAUAAUGUUUUUCUUAUUUUUUACCCAUUUAUUAAUACAAAUCACAGUAAUAACAUUUAUUUACCAAUAUAGCUUACAAGUGUUACAUUUUAUACAGAUCAAGGAAUAUUUGCAAAACUGGCUUUUUUUUAUGCUACCACCAUUAACACCUAACAUGCACAUGUAGUUAGCUAUUUAGCUUACACACACUGGCCAACUAGUUGUUAUCAUUGAUGUGCAUGUGUUCUGGUAAUUUAGUGUUAGGAUAGUUUGAACGUAGAAUAUACCUGAGAUGGUUGGCUGAUAUGGUUAUUUCUUGGAUUCAAGAGUUGAUUAAAAAAAAACAAUAUUAUUUGAUUUGGUUAUAACCAUAAACGAGUGUACUUGAUAAAGGUGAGAGUCUUAAAACAGGUUUCAAGUUGGAAAAUCAGCUUACUUUGAAGUAUUGAGAAGGUGAGAGAUGAUUGUUGGAAAUGAUGCACCUAUUUGGCUAGGC